AUGAUUGUGAAUUCAAGGUCUUUAUUAAAUGAAUUCCUUCAAAAAUAUAAAAUUGGUCCUACACCUGUAUUUUCUACAAAGAAUGAAGGUUUAGAUCAUGAUCCCUUUUUUACAACAACUUGCAUUUAUUUAGGUCAUGAAUUUGUUUCAACAAAAAAAAAGAGUAAAAAAGAAGCAGAAGCAGAUUGUUCACAACUUGUAUUAGAUUUUUUAGAAAAAAGACAAACUCAGCAACAACCUCAACAACAACAAUUUCAAAAUCAAACUCUACCAAUUCCAAAACUUUAUCAACUUUUAAAUCAACAGCCUCAAAUUCAAACUCAAACUCAACCUCAACGACCAAUAUCUCCAACAAUUAGAUUACCUAUUUCACCAACAUUAUCACCAAGUAGUGAAACACAAUUUGAAAUGAAUAACCCUUUUCUACAACAACAACAACAACAACAACAACAACAACAACAACAACAACAACAACACCUACAACAACAAAAUCAACAACAACUAAUACAACAAAUAUUACAACUACAACAACAGACAGAACAACAAAGAAUACAAAAACUAAAACAUGCAUUCUCACAACCACAAUCACCACUACAACUACACUCACUACUACCACAACCACAACCGCAACAACAACAACAACAACAACAACAACAACAACAACAACAACAACAACAACAACAACAACAACAACAACAACAACAACAACAACAACAACAACAACUACAACAACAACUACAACAACUACAACAACUACAACAACUACUACUACAACAACAACAACAACAACAACAACAACAACAACAACAACAACAACAACAACAACAACAACAACAACAACAACAACAACAACAGAUAGAACAACAGAUAGAACAACCACAACUACAACCACUACAACAACCACAACUACAACCACUACAACAACCACAACUACAACAACUGCAACAACCACAACUACAACAACUACAACUACAACUACAACAACAACAACAACAAUUAGAUCAAUUUUUGAAACAGCAACUUAUUUUAGAACAAAAGCUAGAUAAAAUUUCAAAACAAUUGGAUAGGUUAGAUAAUACUACUUUUUCAUCUAUUUUUGAAUCAAUGAAUUCGCUUCAUGAUAAUCUUAAAAUUUUAAUUAACAAUAAAAAAAAUAAUAAAAAUAAUAAUAACAACAACAAUAGUGGUAGCAUUGAUAUAAAUAACAAUAAUAAUAAUAAUAAUAAUAACAGUGAUUCCAAUAGUAUUAAUAGCAAAAUAGAUUUUGAUAAUAAUAAAAUAAAUAGAAAUGCUUUAGAAGGUGAUAAUAAUAAUAAUAAUAAUAUUAUUAUCGGAAUGUCAGGUCUCUCAUUAACAAAGUCUGUAAAUCUAUUGGAUGAACUUGCAAAUGCAAAAAAAAAUAAAAAUAAAAAUAAUAUUAUCACAGAGGAUUAUAGUCUUGAUGAUAAAAAAAACAAUAAUGAAAGUACAAGUACAACUACAACUACAAUAGCACUAUCAUCACCAAGUGAUCAAGAAUAUAAAAAUAAUAAAGAAAAAAAAGUUGAAACAAUAACAACAGCAACAACUACAGCGACAACAACAAAAACAGCAAUUACAUCAAGUAUAGUAAAAGUUAAACCACCAAAGAAAAUUAGAGAAAAAGGAUUUAAAAGGAUAAGAGACAAAUUAUUUAAUUCAAAUAAUAUAACAGAAAUCACAGAAUUAUAUGUUUAUAAAAUUAUAAUUUCAAAUCCACCAAAUAUAAUUAAAUUUGAACAUCAAGAAAAAGAAUAUGAAUUCUCUAGUGAAUUUUUAUUAUUCUCUAUUAAUAAAUUACCAACUUUACCAGUGAUUCAUGUUUCAAAUCUUGCAAAUGAUCAUUUUGGUGUUGCAAUUACAAAUUUAUUUGAUGAUCAACAACAACCAACUAAAAUCCAAUUAAAGAAAAUUGAAUUUGAAAAAUUAAUAACAAUUCAUAAUUCAUUCUUUUCAAAAUUAUUAUGUCAAAAAUAUUUAAAAGUUAAAGAUAUAACAAAUGAAAAUAAUUUUAAUAAUAGUCAUUUAGUGAUACCAAAUAUCAAUGAAAACUAUACAGAUUUUAAUAGAUUAUUUGAUGAUUUAUUAAAUUUAUUCGAUUUUGAAUCAAUUGAAGAACAAGAUUUAACAAUGGAAAGAAUUAAUCAACUUUGUAAUGAUAGAAUCGUACUAAGUGAUUAUGGUGAAUAUUUCAAUUGUCAAUCAAUUAGUGAAAAUAGUGAAAAGAAAUUACUUUUAGAUUGUUUUCAUUCAAGAGGUAAAAAUGAUAAAGAAUAUUGGAUAUCUAAAUAUAUUGUAUUCUUUGAUAGUAAUGGUAAAUUUGAAAAACCAAAUGAUUGGAAAUUAAAAAAACAAAUCAAUAAUAAUAAUAAUGAUAAUGAUAAUGAUAAUGGUUUAGAAGAAACAAUAAUAAUAAAUAAUGAACCACCAUUAGAUUUAAAAGAUUAUCAAAGAAAUUCAAAAAUUUUAAGAAAGAAUCCACUAGAAGUUGUAGUCGUUGGAUUCCCAUGUUUUGUUGGAUUAUUAGGUAAAUUUGGUGUUUUACCAUUAAUUUGUGAAUUGAAAUGGAAUUUAAAAGUAUUGAAAUUUAUAAAUGAAUCAAACUAUAUUAAAGAUAUAGUUUGUAAAUUUAAAAACAAUACAAACAAUCAAGUAUUGAGAGAAGUUUUAACUCAUCCAUCAACAAAAGUAAUUAGUGAACGUAAACCAAUUGAAAAAGAUCAAUUUCAAUCCUAUAGACCAUUUAUGAAGGAUUAUCAACGUUUAGAGUUUUUAGGUGACUCAGUUUUAAAAAUCACUUCAUCUCUAUAUUUAUUUAAAAAAUUCGAUAAUGAAGGUGAAGGUUUAUUAUCAAAGAAAAGAGAAUUCUACACAAAGAAUGAAUAUUUAACUGAAUUAUCAAGAAGAAUCGGUUUCGAUUAUAUCUUACGUAUUACAACCAUUGGUGAUCAUUCAAAACCUCAUGCUGAUUUAAUUGAAGCUUUCAUUGGUGCAAUUUAUAUUGAAUGUGGUUUUAAAGAUUCAUUUGAUUGGAUUAUUAAAUGGAUUUUUGAUAAUAGUUAUUAUGGUAGUGAUAAUAAAAUUUAUGGUGGUGGUGGUGGUGGUAGUGAAAUCAAUAAUAAUGAUGAAUUACCAAUUAUUGAAGAUAAUUUAAUUAAUUAUAAAUAUUAUGAUCAAAUUAAUCAAUAUUUAAAUUCAACAGAUUUUAAUGAUCAAACAAAUGAAUUAGUUUCAAAUGAUCAUUUCUAUUCAAAUCAAAAUAAUAAUAAUAAUACAAAUUUCUCUGAAAGAUUAGAAUUUUUAGGUGAUGCAGUUUUAGAUUUCAUUGUUGCAGAUUAUCUCUUUUCAAAAUAUAAAGAACAACAAGAAGGUUACUUGACAGAAUCAAAAUCUAAAUUAGUGAAUAAUGAAAAUUUAUCAAAAAUUUUAAAAUCAAAUAAAAAUAUAUUCUCUCCAAGUCAACAAGAUUCAUUUAAACAUUUCUCUGUAAAAAGAAUGGGUGAUCAUAUUGAAUCAUAUAUUGGUGGUUUUUAUCUAAAAUUUGGUUUUGAAAAAACUAAAAAUAGAGUUUAUAAACUUUUUGAUUUAAAAUAA